CAAUAAGCUCGGAGAGAUCGAGCUAGUAGCGCGACUACACGAAAACAUUGCGAGCAAUUUCCAAUUAGAACGUACAGUGCAUCAAAAAUAAUGGAGGGGAAGAAGAAGAUGCUUGCUACGUUGGUAGGGUGCAACUACGCCGGCACGCCCCACGAGCUGCGGGGCUGCAUCAACGACGUCCUCGCCAUGCGCCACGUCCUCCUCACCCGCCUCGGCUUCGCGCCCGCCGACGUCACCGUGCUCACGGACGACGACCGCAGCGCCGCCGCCGUGCUCCCGACGGGGGCCAACGUCAAGCGCGCGCUGGCCGACAUGGUGGCCCGCGCGGAGCCCGGGGACGUGCUCUUCUUCCACUACAGCGGGCACGGCACGCUCGUCCCGCCCGUCAAGCCGCACCACCGCGGCCGCGACGAGGCCAUCGUGCCCUGCGACUUCAACCUCAUCACAGAUGUGGACUUCCGGCAGCUGGUGGACCGUGUGCCGCAGGGCGCGAGCUUCACCAUGGUGUCGGACUCGUGCCACAGCGGCGGCCUCAUCGACCGCGAGAAGGAGCAGAUUGGCCCCUCCGUCGACCUCCCCCUCGGCAGUAGCACACCAGCUUCCCAGCGGCGCACCGCGCGGAGAUUCCUCCCGUACGCCGCUGUCCUCGACCACCUCUCCGGCGCCUCAGGCAUCGACGCGUCCCACCACGUCGCCGACCACCUCCUCGCCCUCUUCGGUGGCGACGCCAGCCCCAAGUUCCACCAACACCGCCACGACAGCGCACCGCCACCGACGCCACGCCCCGACGCCGGGAUCCUGCUGAGCGGGUGCCAGACGGACGAGACCUCCGCGGACGUGGCGGAGGACGACGAGGCAGCGGCAGAGGGGGGCAAGGCGUGCGGUGCGUUCAGCAACGCGGUGCAGGCCGUGCUGGCGGCGCACCCGGCGCCGCUGAGCAACCGGGAGGUGGUGAGCAGGGCAAGGAAGGUGCUGCGCGAGCAGGGGUUCGAGCAGCACCCCUGCCUCUACUGCAGCGACGCCAACGCCGACGCGCCAUUCCUCUGCCAGCCGGAGGAACCGGCCGCCAUGGCUGUGCUGUGAAUAUUUGCGACUCUGUGCGUGUGUUCUGAAUCUGAAUUACGUGUGGAUACGGAUAUACAUAUGUACGAGUUUGAUUAUGCCAUGCCACUAUCUAUAUUUCUACGUAUUUCCUACUGUCAAGUCGAUUGAAAUACACCAUGAUUUCAGUCGACGAGCAACA